CAUGCUACAGUCAACUGCAUAAUAAGCAGCAUUAUUGUUUUGCCCCUGCCCCUGUUACAGUAACUGAGGACUGUUUCUUGCAAAUCAGCUGAUCUCUUCCAAUUGGCUGCUUUGCUUUCACACAUUUCCGGUGAGCUUGAAUAAAAGCACUGAGGGAACAGAGGGUACACUCAUUUUCCAGAUUCAAAGGAACCAUCAGACGAGAUAACAAGCAAAAUGGGUUACGCCAGCGUAAUGCACGUUGAAACUACUGGCGCUUCCUGGCCAACAUCUCAGCAGGACCAUCUUGGAUGUACAGGUGUGGAGGCAUCUAACACCAUGGCACAGACUGAUAGUGGAAGAAUGGCAAAGUACAAGUCUAAAAUCCAAAGUGUGGGAGGUAGAAGUGGAAUUGAGCCAGCUCUCAUCGCUGCCAUCAUCUCCAGAGAGUCGAGGGCUGGAAAUCAAUUGAAGAAUGGCUGGGGAGACAAUGGCAACGCCUGGGGGCUGAUGCAGGUUGAUGUGAAUCCAAACGGAGGUGGACACUCUCCACGUGGUGCUUGGGACAGUGAGGAACACCUCACACAAGCCACCAAAAUAUUGACUGAUUUUAUCGAUCUGAUCGGUAAGAAAUUUCCUAGCUGGAGCAGCGAGCAGAGGCUGAAAGGAGGGAUCGCCGCCUACAAUAUGGGUGAUGGAAAUGUCCAUUCCUAUCUUGAAGUGGAUGCUAACACGACUGGUAAAGACUACUCCAAUGAUGUUGUUGCCAGAGCUAAGUGGUACAAAAGAAAUGGCUAUUAAACUCUGAAGCUGCUAACAAAAGCAGGGUUGUGAGGGUUACUUCAAAGGUCACCUAUUAUGCAAAAUCCACUUUUUCAUGUCUUUUAUACAUAAACAUGUGUCCUCUCUGUGUUAAGAGAUCCCCUCUCUUUUUGUCCUGAUAUAUAAAAACCUGUCUGAAAAUGAGCUGAUCAGUGUUGGCCUCUUUGUGAUGUCACAAUGUUUUUUGGGGUUGUGCAACCAUUAACCAAUAACCAACCAAGGUAAGCCCCGCCCACCCCAUCACCUGGAUCUCCUCCUAGAGCACCAUUGUGUUUUUUUAAACCAAUCAUCUGUCAGAGGGGCGUGGCCUGCAGCAGCUCAUUAGCAUUUAAAGCUACAGACACAGAAUCAGCACUUCAGGAACAGGGCUGAAACAGAGGGGAGACAUGUUUGUAUAUAUCUGAGACUCUCAUAUAUUGUUGUAAAAGAGUAUAAUAGGGGACUUCUAAAAUGUUAUCCCUUACAAUUACUAGUUAGCGGAGAAACAAAUGUAAUCAGUGACCUAAUCCAAGCGACUCGUUUCAGUCAGUGUUAUAAAACACAUAAAGUCUUAUUAUGUGUGAUGUGAUUUUUAAUUGAUCAUUCUUUAUUUUGAAAUAUAAACGUUAACAUUUCAAUCCAGCUAGUAAUCCCUACAUUUUAGGAAUGUAACAGUGAUCUGAUUACGUCUUCUUCUAAUGUAACUUUAAGCGAAUACAGGCACCUCUUUUUGUAUCCUCAUUACGUAAUCCAUUUACAUGCAGUGUGUUACUUUCUAAACCUUAACAAAACACAUCUUGGAAAAAAUGUCCUGCAAAUCCUGAAGCAAUCUCUGUAAUGUGUGUCAAGACCUAAAGUUAAUAAACAUGAUUCAAAGCAAA